AAUCCUGUCCCUCUUCUUUCCCGGGCUAGAUUGUUUGCAGUGAAGUGCAGUGCUUGUUUGGAGCUGAUCGCACCUGCAGAGUUUGUGAUGCGGGCACAAAAGAAUGUGUAUCACCUGCACUGCUUCUGCUGUUGUGUGUGUGAGCGGCGGCUGCAGAAAGGAGACGAGUUUCUGCUGAAGGAGGGCCAGCUGCUGUGCAGGAGUGACUAUGAGAAGGAACGAGAGCUACUGAAUCUCGUCAGCCCAGCAGCUUCUGACUCGGAUAAAAGUGAUGAAGAGGAGGAGAACACUAGGAAGCCUGGCAAUGCAGGGAAAGAAGAGGAAGACAUAGAUCACAAGCGACCAAAACGCCCACGAACUAUCCUUACAACCCAGCAGAGACGGGCGUUCAAAGCUUCUUUUGAGAUCUCCUCUAAACCUUGCAGAAAGGUAAGAGAGACACUGGCAGCUGAUACGGGACUAAGCGUUCGAGUGGUACAAGUUUGGUUUCAAAAUCAAAGGGCGAAGAUUAAGAAACUCGCUAGACGGCAACAGCAACAACAGCAGCAGCAGCAAGAUUCCCACAAUCCCCAAAGACUGCAUUCAGUGUCAACGAUGGAAGGUAUCAAUUCUGACCUAGAUGGUAUGCACCCAUAUUCACGUCUGCACCAGCAACAGAUUACAGCUAUGGAACAGGCCUUGUACAAAAUGGACCCUUUUAGGCAGGGACUAACUCCACCACAAAUGCCUGGGGAUCACAUGCUCCCAUAUGAUAACGAAUCCCUGUUCCAUGAAAUAGACAGCGACACGUCAGUCAGUAACCUGGGAGAUUGCCUUCUCUCUGCGUCUGAAUCUGGACCUGGACUGCUGAAUCCCAUUGACCGGCUCUACUCCAUGCAGGACUCUUAUUUUGCCUCAUGAGCUCUUCAUUAGAAGCUUUCCUCAAGAACGACCCAAAACCUAUGUUACCACAGCUGAGAUUACAGAAAGUGAAUACUUUUAUUGAUUAGAUUUACAGCCAGGCUUUCCAGUGUCAGAAUGUAAUUGUGCAGUACAAGAUCUGAAAUUGCUAUUUAUCUUUCAUGUUAUUUAUUAUAUGGAGAAUCAUAUUGGAUUUGAAUGUAAUAUGUUAUAUUGCCUGCAGUGCAAUACAAACCAUUAAAAUGUAGUAUUGUUGUUAAAAUACUAAAUGCAUCCUUUUUCGUAAAACAACAUGUUUACUUAUGAGUUACAGCACAGAAAACUUAUAAUAUGCACAAAUACUAAAAACUAUAGUGUGCAAAGACAUCCAUCAUAAAAACUUUUUUUUUCUCAAAUCCCAUCCACAGAAUAAACAUCUGUGAGGAGAGGAACACAUCCAUGUAAAUAAAAAGGAAUAGAUGUGCUCCUGACAUAUUCCACUGAAAUUCAUGAGAAUCUUUUUAGUUUAACCCAAAAAUGCAUAUUAUAUACAAACAUUUCUAUCUGAUAUAUGUAUAUGAAACAGUAUUGCAUUUGAAACCAGAUAGCUUUUUAAAGUGUUAAGGGCAGGUCUCAUUCAAUGAGGCUUUCUGAACCAGUUCUAUGAGCCAAGUAACCUUUUAACAGUGGACCUUUUUUCUUGUGCUGAAACCUGUACAACAGGUGUCUGUCUGAAGAGAAAGAAUCAGUCACAGUUGGAGAGUCACUAUUGGAUCAGACCUUGUCAUUCAAAGUAACUUAACGCCAGUUCAAUAAUGUAGCGAGUAACAGCGUGUGACAAGUGUUGCUGAGGAUGCUGUCAAUAGCUGAGGCCUGGACAGGGAGAAAGAACAAGGACAGGA